GAGGCCUGUUGAGCUCGACGUUUUUUAAGAAAAUCCUCCCAUCAAGAAAAGGCUACAUAAAUAUACAAAGAUGGGUUCUACAAAUGCAAUGCUCACACAACUGAUACAAGACGCUGUGUUGAAAUUAUGCACGCAGAAUGUAGUGUUCAAUAAAUCUUUGGAGAUCGAUGGGAUUAUAUGUGUAUCUCCUGGUGAUGAAGCUAAAGAGAUUGUUGUAAAAAUGCACCGAACAAUAAUGAAACCAAAUCCAGUGCAAGAGACAUUUAACAAUGCAUCUGAUUGGUCAUCUAAUAUGUACUCCAAUAGUCGAUCUCCUAGACAACCACAAGAUCCUCCCCCUUUCCGACAACGCCCACCUAUUCAACAACAGAGACUACCAAAAGUUAGAAACAAUAUAGAAAAUACAAUGUCAACCCCAGAUCAAAAUACUUCAACCACUUUUAAUACAUCUCACCAAGCUACAGGUGUUCCAUCAGCAACCUUAGACACCCCAGGUGGAGUGGUGGGAACUUCUGAAAAUGUCCCUUGUAUAAAAGAGGAACCAGCAUUUACUUCUUCCCCAAAAAGCUUAAAACGAUCUAUCUCCGGAUCUGAAGAUCAAGACGCUCCCGACCAUUCUGCUGAUAAACAACGCAAACUUGAACAAAAUACUGACACUACUGAUAACCAAAACAUGGAAAAUAUAAACAUUAAGCAAGAAAAAGAAGAACCUAUAACUAUUGAACUAGGGGAUGAUGAUGAUGAGGAAGAGGAUGGGGGAGGG